AUGAACGGCGGAGGAAGACAAGGACUUAGAUCUAGUGCCACCGGCGUUCACCACCAACGGCAAUACUCCGAGAAUUUUCUCGACGGCGCCUCCACCGGAAACAGAUGGCUUCAAUCUGCUGGACUUCAACAUCUUCAAUCUUCCUCCGCCGUAAAUCCGCUCCAGGAUUAUAAUUUGUAUGGCGGCGGCGGAGCGCAGGGAGGGAGAAUGUAUAGGAAUGUUCAGAGAAGCUUUAAUGGAGGAGGGAGUGAUUAUUAUAUGGAGCCUGCUUCGCCUCCUGAUGCUUAUCGCGGUGCGUCGACGCUGAAGUUGAGCGGCGAAGAUUCGACCGGUGAUUUUAGUCCUGGCUUGUUGGAUCUGCAUUCGUUUGAUACUGAGCUUCUUACUGAGAUUCCAACCUCCAAUGCAUAUGAGUCCAACUCUCUCUACCGUGGUAGAAGCUUUGACGAUUCUGAACCUUACAUGAGCAAACAGACUGCCAAGGCUCGUGCUCCUGACAAUGCAGUGAAAAGUAUACCGUCCGACAAAGAGAAGUCUAGUUCCGUGGCAAAAAUUAAAGUUGUGGUUCGUAAGAGACCAUUGAAUAAAAAGGAAUUAGCGAAGAACGAGGAAGACAUUAUAGAAACGUAUUCCAAUUCUAUGACAGUGCAUGAAACCAAACUGAAGGUUGACUUAACUCAGUACUUAGAGAAGCAUGAAUUUGUUUUUGAUGCUGUCUUGAAUGAAGAGGUUACAAAUGAUGAGGUCUACCGUGAAACAGUGGAACCCAUAGUACCAAUCAUCUUCGAACGCACUAAGGCAACUUGCUUUGCUUACGGGCAAACAGGAAGUGGAAAAACCUACACGAUGAAGCCACUGCCACUUAAAGCAUCAAGGGACAUCCUGAGAUUGAUGCAUCAUACUUACCGGAACCAAGGAUUUCAACUGUUCGUGAGUUUCUUUGAAAUAUAUGGCGGGAAGCUUUAUGACCUUCUUAAUGAUAGAAAAAAGCUUUGCAUGAGGGAGGAUGGAAAGCAACAAGUUUGCAUUGUUGGUUUGCAAGAGUAUCGAGUAGCAGAUGUGGAGAACAUCAAAGACCUGAUUGAGAAAGGAAGUGCCACAAGAAGUACAGGAACCACAGGUGCAAAUGAGGAAUCUUCUCGCUCCCAUGCAAUACUUCAACUUGCGAUUAAGAGGUCAGUUGAUGGCAGCGAAUCCAAACCUCCCCGACUUGUUGGCAAGCUUUCCUUCAUAGAUCUUGCUGGAAGUGAACGUGGAGCGGAUACUACUGACAAUGACAAACAAACAAGAAUAGAAGGGGCUGAAAUCAACAAGAGCUUACUCGCCCUAAAGGAAUGCAUAAGAGCUCUUGAUAAUGACCAAGGACACAUCCCUUUCAGGGGAAGCAAACUGACUGAAGUUUUGCGUGAUUCUUUUGUUGGGAAUUCCCGUACUGUUAUGAUAUCAUGCAUAUCACCAAGCUCUGGUUCAUGCGAGCACACUCUGAAUACUUUAAGAUAUGCUGACAGGGUUAAAAGCCUGUCAAAAGGGAACAACUCGAAGAAGGAUGUUUUAUCAUCAAAUUUCAACCUUAAAGAAUCAAUUUCAGUUCCCUUAUCUUCUGUUACUGCACCGACCUAUGAGGAUCAUACAGCUGAUGCAUGGCAAGAUGAAAAUGAAGGGGAUGAUUUUAGCCCACCUGAAGAGUACUAUGAGCAGGUAAAACCACCCUUGAAGAAAAAUGUAAGGAUGGAGCCAUAUGCAAUAACAGAUGACAGAUUGAAGAAACCUAGUGGUCUGGUCAAAUGGAAGGACCUCCCAAAAGCUGAACCUAAACCCACUAAUUCAGAGGAAGAUGAAUUGAGCGCCCUCUUACAGGAAGAAGAGGAUCUAGUAAAUGCUCACCGGACACAAGUAGAGGAGACCAUGAAUAUUGUUAAAGAGGAGAUGAACCUCUUGGUUGAAGCAGGUCAACCAGGGAAUCAGCUGGACGAUUACGUUAAAAGACUUAACACCAUUCUAUCUCAGAAGGCUGCUGGCAUUCUGCAGUUACAAAACCGUUUAGCUCAUUUUCAGAAACGUUUAAAGGAGCAUCAUAUUUUGGUUUCAUCUUCUGGUUACUAG